AUGGACUUUGACGACUCCUAUGUUCUGCUCUCUGAAGAGCAACUCAUCUACAUCAUCACCAUUCCCCUGUCGACCUCCAUCAUUCUAGCCAACCUCAUCAUCAUCUUGGGCAUCUCCUGGAACCGCCAACUCCACAACACGCCCAACUACUUCUUCCUCAGCCUGUUAGUAGCCGACUUGUGUACGGGCGUGGCGCUGCCGUUCAUCCCGCUGAUGGGUCUAAACAGGCAUUUAAGUUUUAGCUCCUGUCUGGUGGCUCACGUGUUCCCAAAUUUCCUCUUCUUGGCGUUCCUCUUCAACCUGGUAAUGGUUCACUAUGAGCGCUACAUAUGCAUUAUUGACCCCCUGCAUUACAGUAACCUGUGGAUGCAUCGCAGUUUUCCCUUAACGCUGCUUGUGGUGUGGACUCCGGCACUUUUGUAUGCAUCUCUACCUGCCUUUGGCUGGAAUAACUGGACAGGCUGUUGCUCGUACAGGAGGGUGUUCCCCAAUGCAUUUAUCUUCCUGGAGGUGUAUGGACUUGUUUUACCUGCUAUUCUGGCCAUCGCCGCCAUGACCGGCCAUGUUUUGUGGAUCACCCGAGGCCAGCUGAAGGACAUAUGCCGCCUCCAUCGUUCGGUGGAGCGAGGAAGUCAGGCCUCUGACCAGGAGCAAAAGUUGAACCUGCGGUACACGCGCUGCGUGGUAGCAGUGUCGCUGACUUUUCUCGCCUGCUGGGUUCCCUACCUCAUUUACAUGCAUGUCUCCAUAGCACUGGUGGUCAGUGACUCCAAGCGGAGUUCUACCACUCACAUUGUGCUGUCCUGCACUGGUAUCGGAAGCAUGGCUGUAGUGCCGAUUGUGCUGGGCUUGGCCAACAGGCAAUACACAGAACCUGCGUUAAAACUUCUCCAGAAACUCAGAGACAGGUGGAGGCCAAGGACACAGGCAUCAGAGGAAGCCACAGUCUGA